CAGCAACAGGCUCAGUUCACGAACCCUGAGAAUCCAGGGUAUGUUGGAUUUGCGAAUCUCCCGAAUCAGGUUCAUCGUAAAUCUGUAAGGAAGGGAUUCGAGUUUACGCUAAUGGUUGUAGGUGAAUCUGGUCUGGGGAAAUCCACGCUUAUUAACAGCCUCUUCCUAACUGACUUGUAUCCUGAGCGCGUGGUGCCCGGUGCAGCAGAUAAGAUUGAGCGUACAGUGGAGAUUGAAGCAUCCACUGUGGAGAUAGAGGAGAGAGGGGUAAAGCUUCGUCUUACAGUGGUUGACACUCCAGGCUAUGGCGAUGCUAUGAAUUGUGAAGACUGUUUCAGGCCCAUUAUUUGCUAUGUGGAUGACCAGUUUGAGAGAUAUCUUCAUGACGAAAGCGGUUUAAAUCGGCGGCACAUUGUGGAUAACCGUGUCCACUGCUGCUUUUACUUUAUCUCCCCAUUUGGCCACGGUUUGAAGCCGCUUGAUGUGGAGUUUAUGAAGGCAUUGCACAAUAGAGUGAACAUUGUUCCUGUUAUUGCCAAAGCGGAUACAUUGACUCUAAAGGAACGGGAGAGGCUGAAGAGAAGGAUUCUGGAUGAGAUUGAGGAACGUGGGAUUAAGAUUUAUCAGCUUCCAGAUGCAGAGUCUGAUGAAGAUGAAGAUUUCAAGGAGCAGACAAGGCUUUUAAAGGCCAGUAUUCCCUUCUCUGUUGUUGGCUCUAACCAGCUUAUUGAGGCAAAAGGUAAAAAGGUCAGAGGACGUCUGUAUCCCUGGGGUGUGGUGGAAGUAGAAAAUCCAGAACACAAUGACUUCCUUAAACUAAGGACAAUGCUUAUCACACACAUGCAGGAUCUUCAAGAAGUCACUCAGGAUCUGCAUUAUGAAAACUUUCGUUCUGAGCGUCUCAAAAAAGGUGGAGGAAGUGUGGAGAACGUGGAAGUGUCUAAGGACCAGAUACUGCUGGAAAAAGAAGCUGAGCUUCGCCGUAUGCAGGAAAUGAUUGUAAGAAUGCAAGCUCAGAUGCAGAUUCAGAGACAAGAAGGCGAUGCACACAUGUAA